AUGGUGACGCAGAUAAAUCCCUUGACUGGCAAACCGUAUCAUGACAAGGACGAAGUUUGCAGCAACGGAUCCGAAGAAGUUGGCGGCAAUGCAAACGCGCAGUACAAUCCGGCGGCGGCGUCAGCAACUUUGAAUUUGCCUGCGGAACCGCCACGGACGGAAAAAGAAUCGAAAAAACAAUCGAAGAAACUCAUCUACACCUGCUGCACCGGCCACGGCUUUGACAGCUUCAGCAACACACCUACUAGAGAUCUUUCACGGAAGAUCAAGAUUUCAAUUUUCCAUUUUUCUCAAAAAAAAGCAUGUUAUACCCGAUCAGUUGAGAGCCGGUGCCUGUUUUCGUGGCGCCACUCGCAAUAUCCACCUCUUCCCCCGCAUUAUUCGUUGGAUGAUUUUCUGUGCCGGAACUUAUCCCACCGCUGGUCCCCGGAGCGUCUGCAUCGGCUUUGUAGCCCAUGGAGGCCAGGCGGAGCAUCAGAGUUGCACUAUCAUCGUCCUGAGACGACACGUCUGCGGUUGCGGCAGACAUCUUGA